UGCUGUUACUGGGCUAUACACAUAGUCCUCGUUUAAGGCCCAGGGGCCAAUCUUUGUUUGAGCUCUUACAAAACCCCUGCCGUUGACGUUGUCACGUUCCCGAACGACGGUGUAUAAAUAAACAAGAAUUCAAAGAACACACACAUCAAAUCUCUAACGAUGGAGGGAUUGUCGGAGGAGGACAAGAAAGCACUCCGAGGAAGCAAGUUCGCCCCAUUACCUCCUCCCUCCAGAUCCACUUCUUCCUUGUCUGCUCCUAGGUUGGCUCAUCCAGGAGGGCCAUUGAAGACUAACAAGGGUGCUGCCUUGGCUAAAUUUCUCGAAAGAAAGCUGCAGGAUCCGAACGCUCUGGCUUCCAUUAAUCCCCAGCUUCUCGAGCUCGCUGUCAAAAAUGCGAAAGAAACUAUCAGGGGUGGAAGCUCGAGUUCGGGUAGAAUAGUUCAGCAUGUAAACUCCUUUGGAGACUCUGAGGAAACAUCGGAGAUGGAUUAUGAACCUCAGGUGCACACAAAGAAGAAAGAAAAUAAAAAGAAGAGUAAAAACAAAAUCAAAAACAAAAAGAAGAAAAACAAAAGGCAGAAGAUUGUGGAUGAAUCUUAGACACAAAGUAAAAACCGAAGCUUUGUAAGUUUGUGGAUUACCAGGGAAGGAACCCUGACACUUUUUUUCUCUUUCUCUCUGUAAUUGGGAUUAGGUUAAGCUAUGGACAUAUAAAGACUAGGAUUUUACAAGUAAUUUCAGCUGAAUUGUCUGCUAUUGGGUCUUCUGCUGGAAAUGAUAGAAGUUUAAUUUUCAUCCGUUAAACCUGAAUCCCUUGUGUUUGUAAUGCUUUUCUUGGGGCCUGGCCUAGGUUUUUCUAAUACACAUGCAAGGUUUUAACCCGUAA